UUAUUCUCUCUUUUCUCAGUCACUUCUGAACCUUUCCUUCUUCUCCCCAACAUGCCCAACUGGCAUGGCAGCCACACUUCAUAAUCCCACAACCUGAAAAACACAACUCUUCUCUACUCUCACUUCCCAAUUCUCUUCACUUUUUAUGGCCACCUCUGUCUCCAAUGCGGUUUGCUUUCUCUAUCCCCACCCAACAAUCAAUGAACCCCCAAAAACCCACCACCCCAAAUUCUCCGUCACCACUUUCCGGCCAACACCCAUCAAUCUUUCCUCCUCCGGUCACCGUUUUCACCCCCCACUAAUGGCUUUAAGUAUUGAAGAGACAGCAAUGGCUGAAAACACAGAAGGGAAGCCAAGGUUUAAGUGGGGUGAGAUAGGUUCGGAUAUUACAGAAGCACAGCAGGACGCUAUAGAUGAACUCCCUCCCAAGAUGAGCAAGCGUUGCCAGGCUAUAAUGAAGCAGAUUAUUUGCUUUGCUCCUGAGAAAGGGAGUCUUUGUGAGGUGUUGAAUGCUUGGGUUAGCAUUAUGAAGCCUUCCAGAGCUGACUGGCUUGCUGUUCUUAAAGAAUUGAGGAUUAAAGAUCACCCUCUUUAUCUUCAGGUGGCAGAAAUUGCUGUACUGGAUGAUUCUUUUGAACCCAAUGUGCGUGACUAUACUAAAAUAAUCCAUGGUUAUGGGAAGCGAAACCGAAUUGAGGAUGCUGAAAGCACCCUUUUAAACAUGAAGUCUAGAGGCUUCGUAUGUGAUCAGGUAACUCUAACUGCCAUGAUUGACAUGUAUAGCAAGGCUGGACAUCUUAAGCUGGCUGAAGAUACUUUUGAAGACAUCAAACUCCUUGGACAGCAAGUAGAUAAAAGAGCUUAUGGCUCAAUGAUCAUGGCCUAUAUCAGAGCUGGAAUGCCUGAGCAGGGAGAAACUGUACUCAUAGAAAUGGAUGCCCAAGAAAUUGUUGCUGGAAGUGAAGUUUACAAGGCAUUGUUAAGAGCAUACUCCAUGGUUGGUGAUACUGAAGGAGCUCAGAGGGUGUUCAAUGCGCUUCAGCUAGCUGGUAUCUCUCCAGAUGCUAAGAUAUGUGGACUUCUCAUAAAUGCAUAUGGUAUAUCAGGUCAAAGUCAAAAGGCACGUGCUGCAUUUGAAAAUAUGAGGAAGGCUGGUCUUAAACCCAGUGAUAAAUGUAUAGCUCUAAUGUUGGCUGCUUACGAGAAGGAGAAUAAGCUGCAAAUGGCAUUGAAAUUUCUUAUGGGGUUGGAGAGAGAAGGUAUAAUGGUCGGGAAAGAAGUUGCAGAAACAUUGGCUGGAUGGUUUAAAAAAUUAGGAGUUGUGGAAGAGGUGGAUAUGGUCUUGAGAGAAUUUGCAGCAACAAAAGCCAAUUCUGGAAUUCCCACUUCAUAGUUUCCAUCUCCAAGUUUUUUUUUUUUUCUGCAUCCACACUACAGAUGUCAACUUUGGUUCCAUAAACACACAAGUGGUAAGAUCUGAAUUUCUCCUUCAAGUCCAUUUUACUGUUAGAUUCGAAGGACUGACUCAAUAUAUCUGAGUUUCCUUUCCUGCCAAAGUAUUCGAUGUGCCAUUACAAAAACAGAAGAUAGUCUGCUAUACAUAGCGACUACUGGGGUUUUA